AUGACUGGGAAAAUAAUGUUUUCCGGAGAAUUAUUAACACAAGGGAUCUUGUUGCAGCUGAAGGUAUAUACCACCUUGACUGUUAUAAGCAUUUUGUAUUUGACACAUGAAUCAGGAGGACUAGUCGUUGGUCGUCCUUAUAAAAAAUAUGUGUUCAUUGCUACGGAACAAAUUCAAUGCUGUAUUGAACAAAAUAAAGAUUCUGAGAUUUCUUUGGAAAACUUAAUGGAGAUAGUUUCCGGGAAAAAACCGACAAUAGAGACGGUAAAGUCCAAACUUAAGGAAAUAUAUGGUGGCCAAAUAUUGAUUGGUGGAUCUUACUACGAUGCUAUUAUGCUUAAAUUAUCUGCAAUAUAUCACCCCCAAGAACCUCCACCUACAGAUACUUUCACCCAGUUUAUUUUUGAUAAUAAUGCCGACUUUAAUGUGGUCACUUUAGACGGCUUGAACACAUAUCACAGCAUGGGGGGUAUUUUAUGCAUUACACCUGCGGGAUCUGUACCAGUUGGAAAAGAAAUCAAGAAAUUAACAAAUGCUCCUACUACUACACAAACUGAAACGUUAUGA